AUGCCUCCUAAGAAUAGAAAAUUUGAAUGUGGAAAUGAUAAACGUAAGAAAAAGAAAAAAAUUGAAGAGUUAAUUCAAUCUCAAGUAGGAGCUCUUGAUAAAUUUUUAAUCAAAGAACCACAAGUUUCAAAUGAAAGUCGUUAUAUUGAUAAUAUUGAUAAUUUGCCUAUUGAAAAUGAUAAUCUUGAUAUUGUGAAAGGUCCUAAAAGAGAUAAUUCUAUUGUGAAGGGUCCUAGAGAUAGUUUGAAUAGACGAUUUACGGUUAAUUUGUAUACUAGAGCUUUAGCAAAUGGAGAGGUGUGUGAUAGAGAUUGGCUUGUUUAUUCGAAAGAGCUUGAUAGAGUAUUUUGUUUUUGUUGUAAAGUUUUUAAAAAUGGGAUUGUUAUGGGACAAUUAGCAAAUGAUGGUUAUAGUGAUUGGGUACAUGUUGGUGAAAGAAUUAAAGAGCACGAGUUAGGCAUGGAACAUGUUAAAAAUAUGACUACUUGGUAUGAGUAUCGCAAAAGGCUGCAAAAAUUUCAAACUAUUGAUAAAACAAUUCAAAGAUUAAUUGAGAAAGAAAAGGAUCACUGA